AUGGCGAGUGGCCAGCCAGGGGUCCAUGCGUUGAAACUCCAGCCUCCCUCUGUCUCAAGAACUCUAAGGAAUGGAAGCAACUUCAUCAAAUGGGACGAGGAUUUGUCCACGGUGACCCCUGUAACGCUGUGUGUUGAUCCACAGGGGUUCUACCUCUACUGGACAGACCAGAACAAGGAAACAGAGUUGUUGGACCUCACUGUGGUAAAAGAUGUCAGAACAGGAAGGAGCACCAGAACACCCAAGGAAGCCAAGCUGCGGGAACUGCUUGACGUAGGGAAUCUGGUUGGCCGGCUUGAGAAUCGCAUGGUUACCGUGGUUACAGCCUCAGACCUCGUCAAUGUCAACCAGCUCAACUUCAUUGCUACACAGGAGGAUGAAGCCAAGGUGUGGUGUGAGGAGUUGUUUUCUUUGUCUUCCAACCUUCUGAGCCAAAAUCUCAACAGAGACCACAGUCUGCUCAAGGCAUAUGUCAAGUUAACUCUCCAGCCAAACUCCGAUGGAAGGAUCCCUGUAAAGAACAUUGUUCGCCUGUUCUCAUCGGACAGGAAGAGAGUAGAAAAUGCCCUGGACAGUUGCAGACUGCCCUACGGACGGGGUGACAGCAUCAAACUGGAAGACUUUUCUGCUGAAGUCUACAAGAGCUUCCUGGACAGUUUGUGUCCUCGACCUGAACUAAAUAACGUCUUCAAACUGCAGGGAGGUAAAGAUGGAGUUGUGUUGGUCGAUCAGAUGACAGAGUUUGUCAACAAUAAACAGAGAGAUCCGCGGCUAAACGAAAUCCUUUACCCGCCUCUUCGCCCCGCACAGACACACACUCUGCUGGAGAGAUACCAACAUGACAAGAGACUAUUGGAGCAAGGUCUUAUCACCCUACAGGCCUUCUCCAGUUACCUGUCGAGCGAUGAGAAUGGAGUGAUCCCGCCUGAAAAACUGGACCAAUCUGAAGACAUGAAUUUCCCACUGUCUCACUACUUUAUCAACUCAUCACAUAAUACCUAUCUGACAGCUGGCCAGCUGGCAGGCAGCUCCUCAGUAGAAAUGUACAGGCAGGUUCUCCUCGCCGGAUGUCGAUGUGUGGAGUUAGACGUGUGGAAGGGACGAACCGCUGAGGAGGAGCCGGUGAUAACACACGGAUUUACCAUGACGUCGGAAAUCUGUUUUAAGGAAGUGAUUGAAGCCAUCGCAGAGUGUGCUUUCAAGACCUCCCCUUUCCCUGUGAUACUCUCUUUUGAAAAUCACGUGGACUCUUUAAAGCAGCAAGCUAAGAUGGCUGAAUAUUGUCGCUCCAUCUUUGGUGAUGCUCUGCUGAUAGACCCGCUGGACAAAUAUCCUCUGGAGGCGGGUGUUCCCUUGCCCAGUCCUCAGGAGCUGAUGGGAAAAAUUCUCAUUAAGAACAAAAAGUCCCACAAACCCACUGUCGCCCCGGACAUCAAAAGACUGGCGGACCAGGCAGCCAACCUGAACAACGAGGCCAUGUCUCCCAACAGCACCCUGGGAGAGGUGGAGGCUGAGAGUGAGGAAGAUGAUGAUGAUGAAGACGAUGAUGGUAAAAAGGGCUCAGCGGAGCGGGAGGCGAUAGCAACAGAGGAAAUGUCCACCCUGGUAAACUAUGUCCAGCCAACCAAGUUCAACUCCUUCGAAGCAUCCAAAAAGGCAGGUCGAUGCUACCACAUGUCAUCAUUUGUGGAGACCAAAGCUCUGGAGCACCUCACCAAAUCACCGGUGGAGUUUGUGGAAUACAAUAAGUCCCAGUUGAGUCGCAUCUACCCCAAAGGAACCAGAGUUGACUCGUCUAACUUCAUGCCUCAGCUGUUUUGGAAUGCCGGCUGUCAGUUGGUGGCUCUCAACUACCAAACCAUAGACCUUUCCAUGCAGCUGAACCUCUUCAUGUAUGAGUACAAUGGCCGCAGUGGCUACAGACUGAAGCCCGAGUUCAUGAGACGACCAGAUAAACACUUUGACCCCUUCACAGAAAACACAGUGGACGGCAUCGUGGCUAACACCCUGUCUGUUAAGGUGAUUUCAGGCCAGUUCCUGAGCGAUCGGAGGGUGGGUGUGUAUGUGGAAGUGGAGAUGUUUGGACUUCCUGUGGACACCAGGAGAAAAGCCCUGAAGACCAAGACCUCCCAGAACAACAACGCAAUCAACCCAGUUUGGGACGAGGAACCUAUCAUCUUCAAAAAGGUGAUUCUGCCAACUCUGGCCUCUCUGAGAAUCGCUGCUUUUGAGGAAGGAGGGAAGUUCAUUGGCCAUCGUAUUAUUCCAGUUUCUGCCAUAAGGCCAGGUUAUCGUUAUAUUGGCCUAAGAAAUGAGAAAAACCAGCCUCUGAUUCUGCCGGCUGUGUUUGUAUACAUAGAAGUAAAAGACUAUGUCCCAGAUACCUUUGCAGAUGUGAUUGAGGCUCUGUCCAACCCUAUUCGAUAUGUGAACCUGCUGGAACAGAGGUCCAAACAACUGGCAGCUCUGACUCUGGAGGAUGAGGAGGAGGACACGCAAACGGAGGAAGAAGCUGACAGCUCUGUAGAACAUAAGCAUGACCUGAAGGCAGUUCCUGUAGAAAAUGGCCUCAGCCCCACCCCUGGACCCACAGGCCCCACCCCCAUCGCCACGACACCCAACAAAGCCACUGCAUCCAAUCAACAAACAGCUGGAACAGACACAGCCAAACCAGCAGCCAGGAGCGAAGACAUCGUGCUGAGUGUGCUGAUAGACGUGCCAGCAUGCACCAUAGAGACCUUACAGCAGUCCAAGAUUUACCAGAAGGAGCAGCGACGUCAAUUUAAGGAGUCGAAGGAGUUGGUGAGGAGACACCAGAAGAAAACGUCCGAACUCCUCAGAGAAUUCAGCAACAGACAAAAGAAGGUGUCAAGACAACACAGCAAGAACAGGAGUGCUAGUGCAGGUUCAGAGAGUGAGCAAGAUGAACGCCUUCACCAGUUAAGGGAGGAGCAGCAGCAACAGCUACUGGCUUUGAGACAGGAACAAUACUACAGUCAGAAAUACCUGCAGAGAGAACAUAUAAAGAUGCUGACAGAGCGACUGAGCAGUCUGGCUGAGGAGAGUCACAAUACCCAGAUGAAAAAACUCAAAGACAUCUGUGACAAGGAGAAGAAAGAGUUGAAGAAGCAGAUGGAUCGGAGGAGAACUGAGAAAAUAAAUCAAGCCAAGACCAAAGAGAAGCAUCUGGCCGAAGAGGAGAAGAUUGAGAUCAAUAAGUCCUAUGUCAAUGAAGUCGUGCAGAACAUCAAACGGCUAGAGGAGACUCAAGCAAAGCGUCAUGACCAGCUGGUGGAGCAGCACAAUGAGCUGCUUCAGGAGAUACAAGACCAGAAACCAAAGCUGCAAGGGACUUUGGAGGCAGAGUUUCAGGAGAAGUUUCAGCGGCUACCAGGAGAGAUUCAGGACUUCCUGCAGGACAGGAAGUCGGGGACGAGAAGCCACAGCAAGUCCUGCCCUUCUACCCCACACGACACUCUCUCAGAGGAAGACUGA